UGAUGUAAACUCAAUAUAAAUAGCGUGAAAGUCAAAAAUACUUAUCACAAGUAACGAGGAGCAGAAGACCGUGACAAGAAAAAAUAUUAAUAUCAAACAAGAAAGAAUUAUAAACCAUGAAGUUGGCACUUCAUUUGAGUUUUGCUGUUCUGCUAACAUUUGUGUUAGUUGAUGCUCACAAUCAUGGAAAGCGUCCUGGAAAAUGGUGGAAAAGAAAGGGUGAUGGUAAAGUUUGUGGUAGCGAUGGCAAAAUUUACGACAACGAAUGUGAUUUUACUUUAGCGAGAUGUUCUCCCGCUGAAUCAAAACCACUGCAAAAGUUGCCAAUGCGCGCAUGUGUCGCUGGUAAAAAUGGAAGAAGAAAAGGCGGGAAGAGAAGUAAGUGGGGACGCCAUCAUAACAAAACAAAGGAGGCAAUGAAAUUUUGUGACACGGAUGGUAACACGUACGCCAACAAGUGUGAAUUUGAUAUUGCCCACGCAUGCAAUAAAACAAAGUUUCUACACAAUGGACCCUGCGGUGGAGAAUGCAAAGAAGAUGAAGUGUGUCCGUGGAAAGCUGCAAUGAAAAAAUGGAUGGAAAUAAAAAAUAAAGGACAUCAAAAAUGGAAAAAUGGAAAAAUUACUAAAAAGAUUGGCACUAAACUUAGGAAGUUCGGUAAAAAGCAUAGUCGUGUUAUAUGCGGGAGUGAUGGUCAAACAUACGAUGAUAAAUGCAAAUUUAUGGUUGCUAGGUGCAAUCAGCAUGCUAAUAACGGCACCAUUUUGAAGUAUAACAAGUGCUAGCAACCGAUCUAUUCGAGAGCAACAACAAAUUUCAUUAAGCAUCAACUGUUUUUGUAACCUAAUCAUAUUUUUUGUGUUUAGUCAGUUCUGUACUUUGUUGUGAAAAAGAGAAAUCACAAAUCAAAAGUCCAGUUA